GUACCCGAUCGCAGGUCCCAGCCUUUCCAUUACCCCAAGAAUCGCCCCUUCCCAACGCCAAACCCUUCUCUCGCUCUCUCUCAAUGCUGCCACCUCUACCAAUCCCAUGGCUACUCAGUGCCCGUUCCCUUCUCUCUCCUGGGCUUCGCGUCACCUUCUUCCCUUCUCUUCCUCCCCCAAAUUAGAAGGAUUCCAUCUCCAAUGGAGAUCACGCCCGAUUCCAGCUCCAAGAAAUCUCACACUUUCUUGCUCCGGAGAGAAAUCCUGCAAGAAGGCAAGGGCGUCAAGGGCUGCGAAGAGCAAUGAGGAGCUCUGCAAUGAGCUUCGCGAGUUUAUAUCCACGAUGGGGCUUCCAGAGAACUGCGUACCUACGACGAAGGAGCUUUCCAAGAACGGGAGGAAAGACCUUGCAAAUAUUGUUCGGCGGAGGGGAUACAAGGCAAUCAAAGAACUUCUGAUAAAUUCUAGUAAAAGCAAUAGCCCUUUGGAGGAAAUUCCUGAUGGAAAUCAACAUUAUACUAAUGCUUCCAAAGAUGAAAUCGAAGAAGGCCAAGAGAGGAAGAUAUGUGCGCCUCUUGAAUGCAUCUCCUUGUCAAGUGACUCUACUCUAAAGGAUGAGUACACGGUUAACUCAAAUGGUGCAAAAUUGACCGCCAUUGGUUCCCAAAUUUAUGGACCUUCAGAAUCUUCAGUAGAAUCUUUUCAUCUCAAGGCAGCAAAUUUUAUUCAGAUGGGGGAAUUGGAUAUGCUGGAAGAUUCUCUUGAAGUGGAAAAUGCUGAUACACAAUACAGCCCAGAUCGUGGUUCUAGCAUUCUGAACUCUGGUGGUGCUGACAUAGCUUCUGUGGUCUCUCAACAAGAAGCUUCGUAUAAAGAACUACCCCCUAAAAGGGAUGACCAUUCAUCAGGUGAACGGACCAAUUUUGAUGAGGAUUUGUCUUCUGAGGCUCACGAAAGUGACGACCAGACUGAGAUCAAUCAUCUAAAAGCCUUGCUGCAUCAAAAGGAGAUGGAACUUUUCCAAUUAACGCAGCAGAUCGAAGAAGAGAAGCUUGUCUUAUUCAAUUUGCAGGCCAAGACCAAAUCUGAGAUUGGUGAUGUACAGAGAACUAUAGCAGAGAAAGAUGUAGAACUUCAUCUGACUCAAGAAAAGCUUCAUGGACUAAAAGAGGUCUGCAUUGACUAUUGGGCAGAUGGUGAUAUUGUGGAAGUUGCUGGUAGCUUCAACGGCUGGCUUCAUCAGAUAACAAUGGAUCGAAAUCCUUCAUCUGAACAUAUAGAACGAACUGGUUUCAGAUAAAAUUUAUUGUUGAUGGGCAUUGGAGAAUUGAUUCGCAACGAGAGACCAUUAGCAAUGGCAGUAUAACCAACAAUGUUCUAAGGGUAGACAGAUAAGGUGGACCUUGCAUUUCACAGUAGUUACACUGAGGUUGCAACUUUCCAUAUUCUUCUUUUCUCCUGUAGCUUAAGCUCAAAUCUCAAAUGAAGAGUCUGAUAGGGCUUGAUCAUUUUGUUAUACUUCAAAAGCUGGUUUUUUGCCAUGUAUGGAACAACGAGCCACACAGAUCAGUGGUCGAGCUAUUCAUGGAAUUUCUGGUUCGAGGGAAAAUUUCAGCUCUCAAUCACUUUCAUAUUUUCGCAAUACCUGUACUUUGAAAGGUAGAAGGAGCUAUUUCUCAUCUUUGAAGAUUGAAAAGCCUUUUUGGAAAUAUGAGUAAUUUUCUUUUACAUGUAGAAUUUUUAUGAUUCUGCUGUCAAGUGAUUACAAUUCCUAGGUAUUCUUCAAUGUAUAUAAUCUUCUUCUGUAGAUACUUCUGCAAAUGAAGCCUUAAAUCUUUGAU